UGUUUUGCCAGUUGUUUGUAUCUGCGCUGGAGCCAGACUACACGGUAUACUGUGAUCAGCGUUCAGUGAGUCGCGAUGGCUUCAGAGGACGAUGAAGUGAAUGUGCGUCUGAUUGAAUGCUACAGACCGAGGCUGCGACAGUAUAUUGUUGUGGAGCGGGUUCUGGAUUAUGUGCAUUUUAUCGAAAAAGAUCAAAAGGAGCAGAUCAGACAAAAGGCGAGGACUCUAGGUAAUUCAUUGGCCACAGAGCAUCUUAUUUCCGCCGUCAUUAAAAAGCCACACCAGCCUGGCUGGUUCAGGGCAUUUGUUGACGCGUUGAUACAGUCAGGAUGUGCAGCUGCUGCGGAAUACAUGGAGGUCAAUCCCCCCAGACCUGAAGAGGAGGCAGAGAAUGAUUACAAUGUUAGACUUGUUCAGUUACUUUCCCCGAGUCUUCUGGAUAUGAAUACUGAGGAAGUGCGCCUCGACUGUUUCUCUAAAGGCCUGCUCACCGAGGAUGACUCUGAGAUUGUUAAAACUGAAACAGCAAACCACGGAAACAGGAAUGGAGCCCGUGAACUUCUGCGAUGUAUCGUGAGAGGUCAAGCUGGAUGGUUUUCAACAUUUCUUGAUGUUCUGCGCAAGACUGAACACAAGGACCUGUUGAACGAGCUGACUGGAGGAUGCACUGACUGUGAGAUGAAAGAUGACAGUCUUCCUUCCCUAAAAGAUGAACUUGCAGGAAGUGAUGCUCCAGCAGCAGCUGAAAGCCCUGAUAGCCCAAUGGAGAUCAGCAUAACUGAGGGACCUCAGGAUGGAGCAGACCUGUACGAAGGAGCGAGCCCUAAACCCAGACAACGGGCAAACAGCUUGGAGCCCACACGCCCAGAUCUGGUAGCAGCAGCCAGAAGCCCAGGAAAAGAAGAAAUUGUUCUUCGAGAUUAUCAGAUGGCUGUCGCUAGACCUGCCUUAGAGGGGGAAAACAUCAUCAUAUGCCUCCCGACAGGAAGUGGUAAAACCAGAGUUGCAGUUUAUAUUACCAAAAACCAUCUGGACCACAGGAGGGCUGAGGGGCGUUCAGGGAAAGUGGUUGUCCUGGUGAAUAAGGUUCCCCUCGUUGAGCAGCAUUAUUCCGCAGAGUUCUUGCCGUAUUUGAAGCAAUCGUAUAAAGUGGAGAGAGUCAGCGGAGACUGCCAGCUGAAAAUCUCUUUCACAGAGAUCGUGAAGAAAAAUGAUGUCAUCAUUUGCACAGCCCAGAUCCUUGAGAAUUACUUGGAGAGGUCUAACACAGGAGAGGAUGAAGGAGUGAACUUGAGCGAUCUGACACUGAUCGUAAUAGAUGAGUGUCACCACACUCAGAAAGGAGAAGUCUACAACCACAUAAUGAUGCGCUACCUUAAGCAGAAGCACAAGAACAGGAGGCUGAAGAAGGAGCAGAAGGAGGCCGUGCACCUCCCUCAGAUCCUCGGCCUGACUGCUUCACCAGGGGUCGGGAAAGCCACGGUACUGGUGAAAGCUGAGGAGCACAUACUGCGUAUUUGUGCAAACCUGGAUGCUUCCAAAAUCAUGACAGGGAGCCUAGGGGAAUACAAAAAGGAACCAAGGAAAAUCAUUGAAAUCGUUGAAGACAGAAAAGAGGAUCCCUUUGGUGAUGUAAUCAAGAACAUCAUGAAUGCCAUUCAUGCUCAUGCCGAGCUGAGCCCAACUUCUGACCUUGGCUCUCAGAAUUAUGAACAGUGGGUUAUUCAAAAAGAGCGAAUAGCUGCAACAGAGGAGGAUCAGAAAGUGCGGGUUUGCGCAGAGCACCUUCGACAGUACAGUGAGGGCCUGAAUCUCUGCAACACCAUUCGCAUGCGUGAUGCUUUCAAUUUCCUGAACAAAUACCACGAGGAGGAGAUAAAGAAAAAGAAAACACCAGACGGGGAGCAGACCAUACAAAUCACAGCUACUGAGAGAUUCCUCUUCAAUUUGUUUAAAGACAACAAGAAGGAGCUGGAGAGGCUCGCAGAGCAUUCAGAGUAUGAAAAUGACAGCCUGGCAAAACUAAGAAGCAAAAUUCUUUAUGAGUUCAGCAGCAGGGAGGAGGCCAGAGGGAUCAUUUUCACCAAAACACGUCGCAGCGCUAUUGCUCUUAGUCAGUGGAUUCAGGAAAACCCCAAGUUUGCUGACAUUGGCGUGAAAGCCUCACAUGUGAUUGGAGGAGGAGACCAGAGUGUUGUUAAACCUAUGACAUCGGCGGAGCAAAGGGACGUACUGAACAAGUUUCACAAGGGCAAAGUCAACUUGCUGAUUGCUACCACAGUGGCAGAGGAAGGUUUGGAUAUAGCAGCGUGCAAUUUCGUUAUCCGAUACGGCCUUGUGACCAAUGAGAUCGCUAUGAUUCAGGCCCGAGGCAGAGCAAGAGCUGAGGACAGCAGUUACUCUCUGGUCGAUGUGAAGAACUCUGGUGUGGCUGAGAAGGAGUGUGUCAAUGAGUACCGCAUUAACAUGAUGAACAAAGCCAUUGACAAAAUCAGAGCCUUAGAUCAAGCAGACUAUGACAAACGGAUCUUAGAGUUUCAGAUGCAGGCUAUAAUGGAGGAGAAGGUGAGAAUAACAAAGAAGAAGCAGAAAAAAAUGCAGGAUGAGAAGGGUGAAGUGAAGUUUAGCUGCAGAAGCUGCAACAAACAUGUCUGCACCGGCGAGGACAUCCAGAUCAUCGAAAAAAUGCACAGAGUCAACGUCACGACACAGUUCAGUAAACUUUUCAUUCUGAGAGAAAACCCUUCUCUUCAAGAGCGGCUUCUGGACUAUGAGACCAAUUACCUCAUAGCAUGCAAAGAAUGCGGGCAGGGAUGGGGUUCCAUGAUGCUUUACAAAGGCAUUGAUUGCCCCUGUCUCCACGUGAAAAACUUUGUGGUGACAUACAAUGGAAAGAAGAUCAGCAAAUGCACCAAGUGGAGUGAGCUCCCCAUCAAGUUUCCUGCCUUUGACUACACUGAACAUGCAGGUCGUGUGGCAGAGAGCUCAGAUGAUGAAGAUGAUGAAUGAAUCAAAACUGCUUCAAGUCACUCAUAAUCGCAAAAACAUACAUUUUUGUUGCAUUCUUAUCUUUCAACUUGCUCAGUAUGAAUCACUGUUCACACUGGUAAAUGCGUGUUUAUUCUGAGUGCUACAGUGCAACAAUAUCUGGAAUCAUUAAUGGCGGUGGAUUUAAGUGUGUUCCAAAGCAUGCACAGUAUUUUUAUCAUUUUAAUAGGGGAAAGGUUUAUUUCAUCUUGUUUUGGGAUGUUGGUGUAUCGGAUACCAUUACAUAUUGAAUUUACUGCAGUAAUGAUCAUAAAAGUGUACAUCACUGUUACAAAAUGAACUGGGAAGAAGAUUUUCCUCUCAAACUCCUGUGGUCUCAUGAGAUUGAAGCCACUGAGCCUGUGAUAGCCCCUCAGAGCCCACCUGUCAACACACAUGCAGACAAACAGGUGCUGGUGAUUUUCCAUUAAAUCCAACUGUUGAGUCAGUCA